AUGACCCUCCCCUUUUACAAGUAUUUCGAUCCAGUCGCAUCACAGAUGCCAAUCAUCUCCGGCUUCGUUGACGAGACGCUGAAACGUGGUUCGCAGUUGUCUCCCUUUGACGAAGACCUGAUACGACUUGCACAUUUGACCGAUUCUCUAAACACCGAGCAGAAGGUCAAAGGAUUAGAAAUCGUGUGCGAAGCAGCACCACUACAGCUAAGAUUGCUCCAACGCUUCCUGCAGGUCGGCAAAGCCUCACAGCCAAACUACCAAUUGCUCGCUCCGUACAGCUACUGGGCCCUCAUCAGCAUUUCCCAGCUGCUCGGGCACCACAGCUGGAAAUUGCUAUAG